AUGGCCGCCACGGCGAUGGCGAAGCUGUACUUUUGCCUGGCGCCGAUUUCGCUUGGACAGAAAGCUGCACUGGUCGAGGGCCCUGUGGAGGGAAGCUGCGAGCUUGGUGUGUGCGAGUUCCUGGGUCUGCGGUACGCCUCGCCGCCGCUGGAAGACCUGAGAUGGUCCCCCCCGAAGCCUCUGAUGCCCUGGAAAGAGCCGCGCCAAGCGAAGUCCUUCGGGGCAAACUGCAUGCAGGUGAAGAACAAAAGCAUCAUCGGAAAUGAAGACUGCCUCUUCUUGAACGUUUGGGCGCCGGAGAAGUGCCCAGAUGCCUCUUGCACAGUCAUGGUUUGGUUCCACGGCGGCUCUUACGUCACUGGCGGCACCAAGGACAUGUUCAACGGCAGUGGCCUGGUACGCCUUGCGAACGUGAUCCUCGUGACCGUCAACUACCGCCUGGGCAUUCUAGGCUUUGCUGGCUCUGAGAGUCUGCGGAGCCGCGCGGAGGACGGCUCCACGGGGAACUAUGGCAUCCAGGACCAGAGAGCAGCUCUGGAAUGGGUGCACAGAAACAUCGCCGCCUUUGGAGGCAACACCUCAGACGUUUGUCUCUUCGGGGAGUCUGCGGGCGCGGGGGCCAUUGCGGUACACCUCACAUCGCCCAGCAGCUGGCCUUUGUACAGCCGCGUGAUGAUGCAGUCAGGGGCCUUCAGCUACUGGAAUGCCCAGCCCAUGGAGGAUGCCGAGAUACAGUUCCGCAAUCUCUUGGACGCCACUGGCUGUCCGGACACCGCCUGCUUGCUGCAAAUGCCGGGGGACGCCUUGACUGGCCUGGCCACUGUGGAGUUGAAUCCAGAACCGCUGCCGGAGGGAUGGAAGGCUUACGGCACCUUCUUUUCUCCCACAGUGGAUGGGGUGGUGCUGAAAGCUCUGCCCUGGCAGCUUUUGAAGGAGGGCCGCUUCAACCGGAAAGUGGCCGUGCUGUUGGGCUUCAACCGUGAUGAGGGCACUGUGCUGGCAAGCUGUGAGGGCACUCCCAAGUGCGCCAUCCUGCAAAAGGGUGGGAGGAUGACAGAAUCGGACUUCAGAGAACUGCUGACGACCGACAUGUUCAACGUGAGUCACACCAUGCUGCCCACAAUUCUGCAGAUGUAUGCUCCUGCCGACAAUGCCGACAAGGAGGUAGACUGGUAUUGGACAACUGCAGCAAUCUACGGCGACUACGCCAUCAACUGCCCGACCUUGCGGGCUGCGGAUUGGAUUUCAAACAUGAGCGAGAAGGACACCUUCCUUUACCGCUUUGCGCACACACCGAAGGCUCCAGCACCACAUUGGGCCGGAAUCUUCGGCGAGGCGGGCACGGUGGGCGCCAGCCACGCGGCGGAGCUGGGCUUUGUGUGGCUGGGCCUUGACGGCUGGGAGGCCUCCAGAGGCGCUGCGGAGGGCGGCUGGCCGCUGCGGGGCAAGGAGGAGUGGCAGCUUGCCAAAACCAUGGCCACCUAUUGGACGAACUUUGCAAAGACUGGCAGCCCCAAUCGUCCGGCAAAUGUGACCGACGCCUGGCCGCCGCUGCCGUCGGCGCUGCAGCUGGCGCUUCACGGAGCAGAAGCCGCGGAUCUCGCGGAGCAGAAGCGGCGCUGCGCGCUGGUCGACCGCUUGGGGCCCAUGGUGGAAGGUUACACACAAUCACGGCGUUUGCAACGCCAGCAUCCGGAUCCAGAAUUGGCGCCGCCUUUUGUAUUGGUAUGA